GGGCUCUCAAGACACAGGCCAUAGGGUGCCCUCUAGGCGGAAACUAUAAGUACUGACACCACGUGCGAUUAUUUCUUCUUAUACGUGUUAUAUUUCAUUAGUCAUUGGUUCAUCGUAGAGGAAACAAUAUCAAUCGCUAAGUACAUUGUAUUUGUCGCACGUUUGAUUCCUCAGUGAAGUGAUUAAAAAAUUAAUCGCCGAGAGGGUAGAUCAUUGAUAUUUUACAUAUUUUAUUAUUAUUGUAUUUUAUUAUAUAAUAAUAUAAGUGUUAACAAUUAAAAUGGAAGAAGUUAAUCCAAAAGCUUAUCCCUUAGCAGACGCGGCCCUAACCGCUAAAAUUUUAAAUCUUGUUAAACAAGCUGUAGAUUAUCAGCAAUUACGAAAGGGUGCAAACGAAGCUGCUAAAACUUUGAAUCGUGGACUUUCUGAAUUUGUAGUAAUGGCUGCGGAUGCUAUGCCUUUAGAAAUUCUUUUACAUUUACCGUUGUUGUGCGAAGACAAAAAUGUACCUUACGUAUUCGUUCGUAGUAAACAAGCAUUGGGUCGUGCUUGUGGAGUAUCUAGACCAGUUGUAGCAUGUUCUGUUACACUUAACGAAGGAUCACAAUUAAAGCCACAAAUUGAAGCUAUACAACAACAAAUAGAACGUUUAUUGAUUUAAAUAAUGUAUAUAUAUAUAUAUAUAUAUAUAUAUAUAUAUAUAUAUUUACUGUACAAUUAUAUUCCGACGCACCUGUACAGACUACUAUUUUUGUCACAUGUGCCCCUCAUCUAUGUGUCUGAUCCAAUUAAUAAUUAAUAUUAUAUUUAAAUAUUAAUUAUUAAUUGGAUCAGGAUAUUGAUGAAUUGGAUUGUAAUACAAUUUUUUCAAUAAAUAACAACAAAAAUA